AUGUCGCGUGCUUCUUUUCAAAUCACUAAAUCAGAUCUCAGAGCUAAAGUUAUUUUCGUUGGCAGAAGUGGUGUCGGAAAAACGAGCAUCAUUCUUCGACAUGAUGGUCAAGGAUUCUAUAGUAAAGUCAGUCCGACACUAGGAGCUAGCUUUAUUUCUUCGUUUUUACAUCUGGACGGUAAAAACGUUGAAUUGCAAAUAUGGGACACAGCGGGGCAGGAACGAUAUUCUUCCAUGCUUCCGAUGUAUCUACGUAAUGCAGUUGCAGCAGUAAUUGUGUAUGACAUAACUGACCGUGAAUCAUUUCAAGAGAUCAAAAAGUGGGUUAAUGAAGUGGAACGUGGCUCGACAAUUCCUGUCUCCUUGUUUAUUGUUGGCAAUAAGUUAGAUUUGGAAAAUGCUCGAGCGGUGCAAUAUCGUGAAGGACUGCAGUAUGCAGAACAGAUUGGAGCUGCUUUUUACGAAACUUCGGCAGUGAAUGGUGAAGGUAUUCAUAAAGUAAUUAUUGCUGUUGCAGAGCAUUUGCUAGAACGUCAAAAUGGUGAGGAAAAUGUAAGAUCGACACAGUUGAACAUCACCAGCAGUUCCGAUUUCUUUAAUGAUCACAAAGUUAGGAAAUCUUGUUGUUUUAAGAGCUGA